AUGGCUUCUGAUGACGAAGAGGCUUUCGACAAAAAGCUUACAAAAGCCGCCCAAAAGGACCGUCUGCGCCUCCUCCAACGCAAACGCGACGAGAUAUUGGACUCGGGACGACAGCACAAUCACUAUCACAAGUUGUUCUUUGAGAAAAGUGAUCUUUACGCUGAUAAAAUACAGUCGCUUGUUGAGACGGGCUGCGCCGAGACAGAGGAUGACGAAAAAUGGGGGCGGUUUCUUUGUCUCGCUACGAAUGCGACGUCUUUGGGGGCGCUGAGGGAUUGGAAUUGGGUGUACCAGGUUCAGUGUGAGACGAACGAGUGGUUACAACGAACUCGCGACACGAAUACACAUCGACAUGCUGCAGCGCGCGAGAUUCUAGCUAUUCUCGAAGACGCGACUAAUCCAAGUACCGAAGAAGCCUUGUUCUGCGACCCUGAAACGGCAGCCACGUUGGUUGACUCGAAUACCGUCCUGGUGGUACAAGACCAACAACCAUUCGAUUGGAACGGCGAGCCCAUCAAAAGUCUCUUCCGAGAUUGGCCACCGCGAAGCUUACUCGAGAAGAAAAUCAGGGUCACAAUCCUCGACUCUCCAACGUCCCGCCCACCAAUACGACAUUGCACGCUCAAGGACAUCAAACGAAAGUUCACCGCAGGUUUUGCUCCUCACGAGCGAUGGAACGUCCUCGACAUCAGAAACGAUGUUCCCGUCCCUAGACCGAAAUUUCUACAAGAGAAGAAUUGUCUGCUUUUGAACGAGUUUCGAGAGUUGGAUAAGAAAUUGGUGCGGGCGCAAACACUAGAUUUCAUGCUUCUGAGCGAAGGAGGGAAUCAUACGCCCAUGCACGUGGAUCCUUUCGGUCUGGCGACAUUCAUCACCGUGCAACAGGGCGAAAUUGGGUUUGGUUGGAUUGUGGAUGCUACGACGCAAGAUUAUCUUGAUAUUCACAAGACUAUCAUACCGAAUGCUCUCAAAGAGAAAGCACGCUACAUGGUCCUUCGGCCGGGUCAGACAGUCUUCAUGCCUUCUGGAACCAUCCACUUUAUCUUUCGCAAAAGCGAUACACCUACGCUGGCGACGGGUGGGCAUGUUCUUACGUGGAAGAGCAUUGUGAAGUGGCUUCGUGUCAUGAAGAUGCAACAGCUUAGUACGGCGCGUAUCGAUAAGGAUGUUACGGCCAAGGAGACGAAAGCUUAUAUCGAUGUUCUGACAAGGGUUCUUCGAAAUCAUGGGUAUCAUGGCCAUGUGCCGAGGCCGGAUGGGUAUGAUGCCGUAUGGAAUGUGAUCAAGGUACGUUGA